AUGGAUCAACAACACCAAAACCAAUCACAACAAAAUAAUACAAUUGAAAUAAAUAAUAAUAAUAACAAUAAUAAUAAUAAUAAUAUAGUGAAUAAUAAUAAUAAUAUAGAUAGUAUAGAUAAUAAUAAUAUAGUUAAUAUUAAUAAUAAUAAUAAUAAUAAUAAUAAUAAUAAUAUAAAUAAUGUAAAUAAUUAUAAUAUAAAUAAUAACAAUAUAGCGAAUUUUAAUUAUAAUAAUAAUAAUAAUAAUAAUAAUGGUGAAAGAAAAUAUAGGAUUGCCAUGGUUUCAGAUUUCUUUUAUCCAAAUAUGGGUGGUGUUGAAGAACAUCUUUAUCAAUUAUCACAAUGUUUAAUUAAGAGAGGAAAUAAAGUUAUAAUCAUUACACAUAGUUAUGGUGAUAGAUUUGGUAUAAGAUAUGUUACAAAUGGUUUAAAAGUUUAUUAUAUACCUCAAGCACCAUUUUAUAAUCAAUCUUCUUUUCCUACAUUAUAUUUCACUUUCCCAUUAUUUAGAAAGAUUUUAAUACGUGAAAGAAUUGAAAUUGUACAUUGUCAUCAAGCAUUUUCAACACUUGCACAUGAAAGUAUUUUACAUGCAAGAACUAUGGGAUAUAGUACAUGUUUUACAGAUCAUUCAUUAUUUGGUUUUGCAGAUGCAAGUUCAAUACAUAUGAAUAAACUAUUAAAAUUUACAUUAUCAGAUAUAUCACAUGUUAUUUGUGUAUCAAAUACAAGUAAAGAGAAUACUGUAUUAAGAGCUCAAUUAGAUCCUCAUUUAGUAUCUGUAAUUCCAAAUGCUGUUGAUACUACUCAAUUUACACCCGAUCCUUCAAAAAGAGAUCCAAAUAAAUUAACAAUUGUAAUUAUGAGUAGAUUAGUUUAUAGAAAAGGUAUUGAUUUAAUUAUUGAUAUUAUACCAAAUAUUUGUAAGAAAUUUCCAAAUGCAUAUUUUGUAAUUGGUGGUGAUGGUCCAAAACGUGUAUCAUUAGAAGAGAUGAGAGAGAAACAUCAACUUCAUGAUAGAGUUGAAUUAUUGGGAAGUGUUAAACAUUCAAACGUUAGAAAUGUGUUGGUUAGAGGUGACAUUUUUUUAAAUUCAUCAUUGACUGAAGCAUUUUGUAUUGCAAUUGUUGAAGCUGCAAGUUGUGGUCUAUAUGUGGUCAGUACAAAGGUUGGUGGUGUUCCAGAGGUAUUACCACCCCAUAUGAUAUCAUUGGCACAACCAAAGAGUGACGAUUUAGAAGAGAAACUAACUGAUGCAAUCAUUAAUCUAAAAUCAACACCUUUACAAACCCAUGAAGAAGUUAGAACAAUGUAUGACUGGAACGAUGUCGCACGUCGUACUGAAACAGUAUAUGAUAUCAUUAGUAAAGCUCCAAAGGUGCCAUUUAUUGAAAGAUUACGUCGUUUCGUUGGUUGUGGUCUUUGGGCUGGAAAAUUAAAUUGUAUGGUGGUUGCACUUGAUAAUUUAAUUUAUCGUUGUUUAGAAUAUUAUUCACCAAAAGAAGAUAUUGACGAAGCUUUUGAUUUUCCAAUUGAAGGUUAUACAAAAUUUAAACAACAAAUUAAAUAA